AUGGCGGCUACUCUAGAUGAGAAUGAUAUAUAUAUUCUCCAUGUGGCAUUUGGCUGGGCCGAGGUGCACCUCUACCACUUUAUUGUUUCUGAGUCGCGAGCUGCCGGUGAGCCAUACCAAUUCUUUCGCCCAAACAAAGAGCUCCUCUCGAUCCAAGACUCUGAUGAUGACUGGGAUGAGCAAGAUGACAUGAUAGUCCAAAUGGCUCUUGUUACCGGCCGCCCAGCACCGCGUGUUGUUCCAAAAGCACUGGCUUCGGAAUGUACGCUCGCCAGCGUGUUCGCAAACCCGCAAUUCGCGGAUAGCAAAGCAGAGGUCACGUACGAGUAUGACUUUGGCGAUGGCUGGAUCCACGAGAUCGUUUGCCUUGGGAAGGCAGAUGCAGAUGGAGAAUUCGCCAGAAGGCAGAUCGGCAAGGGCGUUGUAGAUGGCCAGUGGACUUGGUGCAUCGGCGGAGAGGGCCAUCCGUGCGCCGAGGAUUGCGGUGGGUCGGGCGGAUGGAAGGAACUUAAGCAGGCUUUCGCCGACGGUGCGCAUGGUGGUGAGCGCGUUGAUGAGCUGCGGACGUGGUAUAGGACUCAUUGUCUCAACGGCGAGCGCGAGGGCCUUAAUCCGUGGAAGUGGGAUAUCUUCGAGGUGAACCAAAGGCUCGCGAGCUUACACUGCUAA